GGAGAGCCACCACUUUUCGUGAAUGUGGAUUCAAGAGAUGGUAGCACAGCUAAUACUUGGAUCGAUGCCCUACAGGCAAGCUUUGCUGGACUUCUUGUUUUGGCGGGUCAUUUGGAAGAAGCAAUCUGUCAGCAUGCUUUCUAUUACGCAGUGUGGAGCAAAUAUGGCGUUCUACCGGAGAGAUAUAAUUGGUAUCUGAAACGGCCGGACGUUCAUUUCUACCCACUCCGGCCUGAAUUUGUGGAGUCAACGUAUUUUUUGUACUUGGCUACGAAGAACCCUUUCUACCUACAUGUUGGACGAGAGAUAAUGGGCUCUUUGAACAGUAAAACUAGGGUAAAAUGUGGUUUUGCUACUGUUCAUAACGUUGAUGACGGAAGUCUGGAAGAUCGAAUGGAGUCAUUUUUUCUCGCUGAGACGAUGAAAUAUCUCUACCUGAAAUUCGUCGCGAUAAGCGAGAAGUUUCCUCGGCUUCAGCCCGUGAUUUACCCUCUAGCAUUGGCCGUGCUUGAUUUCUCUUGCGAGCGUUGCUUUCUAGCGAUAAGAGCUCGUGAUCGUUUCGGCCAAAAGUUGAAAAUUUGAGU